UCACUCACGAACCAGUUUGGUAUCCCACCGAAGCUCACUCUGUCAGCUGCUCCCAUUUCGUCCGAAUCCAAGAACCCAGCAAGCAAGCAAGCAACCAUGGCGGCGGCGGCGAAGGUAGCUCUGGUCUGCUUCCUCCUGGUGGCGCUCGCGGCGGCGCCGGGCGCGGUGGAGGCGGCGACUUGCAGCCCGACGCAGCUCACCCCGUGCGCACCGGCGAUCAUCGGGAACGCGGCGCCGACCGCGGCGUGCUGCGGGAAGCUCAAGGCGCACCCGGCGAGCUGCCUGUGCAAGUACAAGAAGGACCCCAACCUGCAGCGCUACGUCAACUCCCCCAACGGCAAGAAGGUCUUCGCCGCCUGCAAGGCGCGCCUGCCAAAGUGCUGAGCUACUGAGCUUUAUAUAUGCAUGAGCUCCGUCUCUCUCUGGCACGCGUGUUGCACGUACCCACGCUAUGGCAUGGCUUUGUUGCACUUCAUGUGUGUUAAUUAAAUACGGUGCAAAACACGUGGUUAUUAAGUGAUAAUAAAAUAAAAUGACCGGGCUGUACUUUAGUACAGCACGCA